UGAGCGACAAGUCAACACGAUCACACAUCUAUAUAAAGAGUCUUUGACCAUUGGAGCCUCUUAGUCAGUGUUCUUCAUCACAGUGAUUUGUGGAGGAAAACACACAAGUCUGGGUCAGCAUGAAUAAACUUCUGGUCAUCACGGUGCUGGUCGCCCUCCUCGCCAUCAAUGCAGAAAGUUUCCGACUGGUGAGGCAGGCUGAGGAGGAGGUGCCGGGACCCCUGGCCAGGCUCACAAACGCCUUCAAGUCCACCUACUCGAAUGCUGUUGACACAGUCAGCGGCUACGUGGAGAGCAUCAAGGGACUGAAACUGGAAGAGAAGGCAAAGAAUUUUUACACUGACACCACCACAGUCCUGGGGACCUAUGCCGGAAUAUUUCAGGACCAGAUGUAUCACAUUGUCUACGCACAGCAAUAAACGUUUUGUCGCUAA